AUGCUAAAAAUCUUAAUUCCAACUGCAACACUCCUCCCCCUAGCCAUCAUAUCCCCCCUCAAACACCUAUGAACCAACAUCACACUACACAGCCUGAUCAUUGCCACUAUUAGCCUGCAAUGACUAACCCCCACAUACUACCCAAACAAAAGCUUAACCCCCUGAACAUCAAUCGACCAAAUCUCUUCCCCUCUCCUAGUCCUAUCAUGCUGACUACUACCCCUCAUAAUCAUAGCAAGCCAGAACCACCUAGAACAAGAACCUACCAUCCGCAAACGAAUCUUCGCUACAACAGUAAUCAUAGCCCAACUAUUUAUCCUACUAGCUUUCUCAGCCUCAGAACUGAUACUAUUCUACAUCGCAUUCGAAGCAACCCUCAUCCCCACUCUCAUCUUAAUCACACGAUGAGGAAACCAACCAGAACGACUAAACGCCGGAAUCUACCUCCUAUUCUACACACUAGCCAGCUCACUCCCCCUACUAAUCGCUAUCCUCCACUUACAAAACCAAAUCGGCACGCUAUACCUCCCAAUAAUAAAACUAUCGCACCCCGCACUAAACUCCUCCUGAUCCGGACUAAUCGCAAGCCUCGCCCUACUUCUUGCCUUCAUGGUCAAAGCCCCCCUUUACGGACUGCACUUAUGACUCCCCAAAGCCCAUGUAGAAGCCCCAAUCGCCGGCUCCAUACUACUCGCUGCCCUCCUGCUAAAACUAGGAGGAUACGGCAUCAUGCGAAUCACAAUCCUAGUGAACCCAGCAUCAAACAACCUACAUUACCCAUUUAUUACUCUAGCCCUAUGAGGAGCAAUCAUAACCAGCGCCAUUUGCCUACGACAAAUUGACCUAAAAUCACUAAUCGCCUACUCAUCCGUCAGCCACAUAGGACUAGUCGUAGCCGCAACUAUAAUCCAAACUCAAUGAGCAUUCUCAGGGGCAAUAAUUCUAAUGAUCUCACACGGCCUAACCUCCUCAAUACUAUUCUGCCUAGCCAAUACCAAUUACGAACGAACUCACAGCCGAAUCCUCCUACUCACACGAGGCCUACAACCACUACUACCACUAAUAGCCAUCUGAUGGCUACUAGCAAACCUAACAAACAUAGCCCUCCCCCCAACAACAAACCUAAUAGCAGAACUAACCAUUGUCAUCGCCCUAUUCAACUGAUCAGCUUUCACAAUCAUCCUAACAGGGACAACAAUCCUACUCACCGCCUCAUACACCCUUUACAUACUCACAAUAACACAACGAGGCACACUACCCUCCCACAUCACCUCCAUCCAAAACUCCUCCACCCGAGAGCACCUCCUCAUGGCUCUUCACAUAAUCCCCAUGCUCCUUCUAAUUCUCAAACCUGAGCUAAUCUCCGGCAUCCCAAUAU